AUGAUCGACGCUGGACUGCGGCACAGGUUCCGCGCACCUUCCCCUUCCCCUUGCUCUCGUCGACAGUCGACCAGUCGAGACCCGAUGCAAAGGACAUGACCUCCAUCCCGCUCGUGCGUGGAAGCAUUCUGUAUAAACGCUCACAGAUCAUCCAUCACUCAAGAGGCGCUCAGAACACGGCACAACACAUCAUGUUCCACAGCGCCGGUCUGCUGCUUCUCGCAAUCAACAUUCAUGCUGUGUAAUUUUCGCCCCGAUCGAAGCUCGAACUAUCCAUGGCCUGCCUGACUCGAGCCAGCCAGGGCGCUCCAGAACCUACCCGAUCGCAUCGGCCCCGCCGAAUUGCCUCGUACCAGGGAAUGCUGAAUGAGAUGCUGGUCGACAUGGACCUGGACCGUUUCCCCCUACGCCCCAAUUCGUUCCUUUGCUCUCCAAUACCAAAUCUCGACGAUUGCCAGCCACAGCGAUUCGUGCUCCCUGGCCUGGCGAGGCCUGGUCAAGCACAGAGAGCUGAGUUUCCAGACCCACCUUGCGGCGAGUGGGAGCUGGCCGCAGCAUCGCGUGCGUGGAUCACCAAGCGAAGAGGGGCUGCUUCUAGAAUGCCAACGGAACCUUGUUUCGCCUGCCACCGAGCACAGGCCCGUACCUGUCAUGACCGUGAAACUGCUCGGGUGUCUGGGACAGAGCUCGUUUCGAGGGCCACUCGCAAAUCAUGCCGGCUCCAAGAAUGUGCUGGGAAAGAGCCAUGCCGGUUUCGAGGCAGGCAUACUGUGCAGAAGCACCCAGCUGACUUCGCGCGCCAGCUGUCCACAGGAUCCCGUCAACCAAUUUCGCUUCUUUGUCCAGGACUACGCAGGUAAUUUGCUCGACGGCAACUAUCUGCGUUAGAGCACCUAGCGCUGAGUCGGCAAUCUCACAAUUCCCCAUCCCGACAAGGGAGCACUGCCAAUCACCUGGCCAGCAGCCCAUGCGGGGCCUCCACUGCCACAUGGCUCUGCUAGGCCUGCCCAGGUUGCCUUGACGAAUUUGCGGACCGUGGUGUCAAUCCUUGUUUCCCGUACCGAUCUUGUUCACGGGCACGAUUAUGCGUCCAUGACUGUGGCCUGGUGCAUCCACCUACUGUCAAUUGGGCGUCUUGGUGGAUCGUCGAGAGCUG